UUUUUUAGGGGCAGUGGGCCCAUCUCCGAGAUGCCGAAGUCUUGCGCGGCCCGGCAAUGCUGCAACCGCUACAGCAGCCGCAGGAAGCAGCUCACCUUCCACCGGUUCCCCUUCAGCCGCCCGGAGCUGUUGAGGGAGUGGGUGCUCAACAUCGGCCGGGCUGACUUCAAGCCUAAGCAGCACACAGUCAUCUGCUCGGAACACUUCAGACCCGAGUGCUUCAGCGCCUUUGGGAACCGCAAGAACCUGAAACACAAUGCUGUGCCCACGGUGUUCGCUUUUCAGAACCCCACAGAGGUCUGCCCUGAGGUGGGGGCUGGUGGGGACAGCUCAGGGAGGAACAUGGACACCACACUGGAAGAACUUCAGCCUCCAACCCCGGAAGGCCCCGUGCAGCAGGUCUUACCAGAUCGAGAAGCAAUGGAGGCCACGGAGGCCGCUGGCCUGCCUGCCAGCCCUCUGGGGUUGAAGAGGCCCCUUCCGGGACAGCCGUCUGAUCACAGCUAUGCCCUUUCGGACUUGGAUACCCUCAAAAAAAAACUCUUUCUCACACUGAAGGAAAACAAGAGGCUUCGGAAGCGGCUGAAAGCCCAGAGGCUGCUGUUGCGGAGGACAUGUGGCCGCCUGAGAGCCUACAGAGAGGGACAGCCGGGACCUCGGGCCAGACGGCCGGCACAGGGAAGCUGAGCCUGAGCAAGCUCUGGGAUGUGGGGGUGGUGGCAACACCUUAGCAGGAAGUGGUGUUCUGGCCUGCUAUGGGCGUUUCUACCCGCUGCUGAUGCUGCAGGUGCCUUGAGAGUGGGAUGGGAUGCUGCGACAGGCAGUUGUCGGGUGGGGGCCCAAGUACUGCGGAGGCACCGUCCCAGGUUUCUUGGGCUGAGGCUGUCAGCUGUGGGGAAGCAGCAGUGACCAAAUGUGAGCCGUCACAACCCCCUCAAGAGAUGCUCCCAGAGGGAGAGCUGGUCAUUCUUACAGCCGGUGGGGUCCUUACUGUCUCCCCAUAGGAGCCAUUCUGAUGGCAGGCAGGGCAAGGGUCCCCGUCAGCCUGUAUUUCUGAGUGACUCUUUUUCUGCCUGGUUCGUGUAGAUGUGGAAUAAAUCUUUUGAAGUCUCCA